UGACCAUCAACCCAUCAACCCAUCAUGAUCAGAGGUCACCAACUCUCAUCCUCAAUAGCCACGUGGACAAAUUCCCAUCGUUCUUUCCAGCCCCACCGAAGAACAGACCAGCCAGAUUGCACCCUCUCAAGCUAAGCCUCUUUCAUCAUCAUCUUCCACAAGAAAAGAAACCCAAAAUCCUCAUAUUUUUUUACUUUAUUCAAAUCUUCCCAUCAAUUAUUCUGAAAACCCAUAUACCAAUUUGUUGUAUUGAGGUCUUAGAAUUAUGCCAUGGGGGCCCUUAAUUUAGCAGGCUUGACUCCACUGUCAGUUCUUCGUGAUAGAAGAACAGAACCCAGAAAAAUCUCAUCACUCCCCGCAGUUUCUGCGCUGAAAAUCUCAAGUUCUGCCACUUUUAACACCACCCCACCAGCUCUACAAGAGUGUUUCACUAGGAGUUUUCAUGGUGGUCUGGUGCUACUUUCAUCUGUACUCGGCCCUGGGGCUGCCGCAGCUUUGACAUAUGAAGAAGCUCUGGACCAAUCAGUGACCACCUCCACUUCUGGGGGCAUUAUUGAGUUUGAUGCCAAUGGGUUUCUUGACAGAGUGAUCAGCUUUGGGGUUGAGAACCCUGCAGUUGUGGCUGGUGGGGCUUUGAUUUUGGUGGUGCCAUUGGUGUUGUCUCAGCUUCUGAAGAAGCCUAAGCCAUGGGGGGUUGAGUCUGCAAGGAAUGCUUAUGCAAAAUUGGGGGAUGAUGCCACUGCUCAGUUGCUUGAUAUAAGAGCACCGGUGGAGUUUAGGCAAGUGGGAAGUCCGGAUAUCAGGGGUUUGAGGAAGAAACCGGUGGCGAUUCCAUAUAAAGGUGGAGAUAAGCAGGCGUUCUUGAAGAAGCUUUCUUUGAAGUUCAAGGAACCAGAGAAUACCACAUUGUUGAUUCUUGACAAAUUUGAUGGGAAUUCUGAAAUGGUUGCUGAGUUGGCCGCUGUUAAUGGAUUCAAAGCUGCUUAUGCAAUAAAAGAUGGUGCAGAAGGACCCCGAGGAUGGAUGAAUAGCAGCCUUCCCUGGAUACUGCCAAAGAAAACAUUGAGUCUUGACCUUGGAAACUUUGCUGAGUCUAUCAGUGAUGCACUUGGAGAGGGUAUAGAUGGCCUGUCUCUUACUGUUGGACUGGCAGCAGCUACUGGAUUGGGUUUAUUGGCAUUUUCAGAGGUAGAAACACUACUCCAACUUUUAGGCUCGGCUGCAAUUCUGCAGUUUGUCAGCAAGAAAUUCCUAUUUGCUGAGGAUCGAAAGGAAACUCUGCAACAAGUUGAUGAGUUCUUGACCACCAAGAUUGCCCCUAAAGAUUUUGUCGAUGAGAUAAAGGAUAUUGGAAAGGCUCUUCUACCAUCACCCGCGUAUGGCAACUCUCUUCCCGCACCUGCAGUGGCAACCCCAGAACCUCCCACGAGCACCGAGCCUAAAGUAGAGGCAGCUGCACCACCAGAAAUCAAUUCAGUCCCCAAACCAGAAGUUCAAGCAGAAUCAAUUCCCAGCCUUUCAAGACCUUUAUCUCCAUACCCAUAUUAUCCCGAUUUCAAGCCACCGACAUCUCCUACACCUUCACAACCAUAGAGUUUCAGUUGCACUGGAAUCUCCAACAGUAGACAUUUCCACAAUAAUCAGCUAUUUGGCGGGAAUCUCCAAACCAUCUUUGUGAGUAAUGCAACUUGUGUUCAUGUUAUAUGACAUUCUCAAGCUUAGCUGUACCUCUUGAACCGAAACAAUAUUACACUGCCAAGAGUUUGAAUGCUUACUAGUGUGUUCUUCCUAUGCUAUUCAUUUUGCUUAAUGUAGUUUUUGGAGAUUUUGUAAAUCCGGAUAUUGUACUGCCUCUGUUUCUAUGUAGUAAUAUAAAUACUAUUUCUUUCCCAGUCAUGGAUCAA